CAGAGGCCGAUGCGGAGCGAGGAUCGCAGGCUGCAUGGAUCAGACCUGAGCUGAGUGCGCUCAUCCCUUCGACCAAAGCAAUGCAACGUCCAGGGCCACAGCAGGAUUGUUUUGUCUUUGCGGGAGGCGAAGGGGGGAAUGAACUCUAUAUCACUGUCCGAUCUCGCUCAAGCGCAGCUCAUGGAAUUCUCAUUCGUCGCCACCUUUUGGCGACUUUCGUCACUACCAUCCUCGGCGUGCAGGUCGCCCCUGUACGCCAUAAUUUAACCCCGACUUCGAAGCAUGCCGGUCCAUGGCUUUGUGUUCGGACAAGAUCAGUGACCAUCUUUGGCAGCAUUCAAGCAUCACAUGGAUCUCUGCGUCUCUUGUCCAUUUUGAACAUUCAGCACCUAAAGAAAGGCGACCGCACUCCUGUUGUCGACCCUGGAAAUGUCACCUAUCAAGCGCCUUCACAAAUAGUGAACGUGGUUUUCCAUCCAACAAAGACCGAUUGCAGGGCCCUCACAAUCGAUGUCGAAGGCAACGUGGGCCUGUUCAAGUGCAACUUCAUCGACUUGGCCAUGAAAGCUCCAUGGGCCAAUUGUCUGUCGUGGACUUUGCUCAACGUACAGCACGAGUUGUUCGACCUCUUUCAAGAAGGACAAUGGUCACUCUCGUGGGCUGGAGAGAGUCGAUUUCUCGUCGGCAAGGGUAGCAGGCUCUUAUUCGUCGAGACGCAAGAGAAGAUCGACACGAGAUGCGAGGAAAUUACAAUGCCGUCCUCGGUCAACUCGCCUAUCCUUUCGAUGUCGUUUGUCCAAUCACCACAUCGUCUCCUAUGGCUUCUGACGGACUCAACAGUCUCGAUCUUGGAUCUUGAAGCUACAUCGACGCCCAACACCUUCCUCUCAACGUGGCCGCACCAGCGUCACGCCAAAGAGCAUCUCUCGAUCACCUCGCUGCCCGGCGAAAUAUCUGCUUCUUCUUCUGCAUCUACAGUAUUCUCGGCUGUACUAUGGGGCGAAAGCGGCCUGGUCGAGACGUUUUCUACUUCCAUCGAUGCGGCUUCGCCUCACUCGAUCAGCGCCGAGACAUCAUCGCCAUCUUUCAGUCUUCUUGCCAAGCAAUGCGUUUGGCCACCUGCUAUUACAUGCGAUGUGACUACUCCCGGGAAUGGAGCAGAUCAUGUGAUGAUCAUCCUCCUGGGAUUGGACCAAAGCAGCGAUGUCUGGCUGCAACGAUUUGCAUUCAAGCGUGCCGAGUCAACUAGAGAUAGCAACGUCCUCGGCACAGUGACAAAAUCCAUCGUUGCACCACCGAGCCGUGCUCGAGAAAGGUGCAGGCGCCUCCUCGUCGACUUUUCAAAGGCGUACGAAGCGAUGAUGAAGUACACUAUGGUCAGAGAUCAAUCGAAUGACGCAGUUGGCGAGGCGAAAGCCAUGGUCAAAUCGGCCCUGAGGCGGCAUAUCGAAGCAACAUCGCCCUCGAGAUCAUCCUACACCCUACUUGAACUCAUCGGAUCGAUGGGUGACUCGUCAGUCACACUCGCACCUAUCACCCAGAGAGCACUCGAACUCAGUCCCGAAUCCUCGAUUCUCAUAAACGACAGCUCAGCCUGGUGCGAGGCAUCGCCCAACGCCUACGUGCUCGAUGCUGUCGUCGAAGAGUUGUUGCUUGGAGGCGCUAUCGACGCGCUCCGCGAACUCUUCGAUUCUCCCUCCAGUGAAGGAAAGACUGCUACUGAUAGGACCGAAGCGAUGGAAGGAAUUCGGAGGCAUCUCGUUUCUUCCUGCUUGCAGGCUUCAAACGACACGAAGCUGGCGUCACGAGUCGUUCUUGGGAAGAGGCGGCGGGGAAAGUCAAGGUCGCAGUCGGUUUCAGGAAGGGCGGCGACAACGACGAGCAAUGAGGGAGAAGUGGCUGCAGCAGCAGCAGUAAGGCAAGAUGGCGCAGGGGAAGAUAACAUUGAAGCGCAGGCCCUGCAACAGGUCCCGAAUCCUCCAAGGAUUCAGCUCUCUCACCUCGAGCUCGGCGUUGACGCCGCUGAGGCUUCUGGCUCCCCCACGGCUUCGUCUGCGCCCUCUUCAUCGCGGGACCGUAUCAUGGGGAAUGGAGCGGGCUCAUCAACAACGACGACCAUGGCGGCCCGUCUCUUGCUCUCCGAUUGGACAGUGGGAGCCGAUCCGCGAGACUACAUCUACGAAAAUCCCUAUGUUGACGUCGAUGGCGAGGAAGGGGAUCUGGGAGAAUUCGAGGCCGACGGUGGCUAUACGUCUGCGUCUGCGUCUGCGUCUGCGUCUGCGUCUGCGUCAGCCUCUGCAUCUGCGCCUCCCCCUUCUGCGUCACAGCGGGUACGCAAAUCGAGGCUUGGGAGUGGGGCCGGAGGGCGUCAUCACUUAGACUCGGACAACGCUGGCUCCGGUGCGACACAUGUAGGACGAGGUGUACCCUCGUCUAGCCUCUCGCUUUAUGCCGAGACAGAGUAUGGGACCCCGACAGUUGCGAGCAGCCAGCCUGAAGCAAGGGACCUCCGACCAAGCGAUCCUCCCCAACUAGCAUUUGCCAGCCAGACGGCUGCCUCCCGUCCGCCGCCCAGCAAAAAGCCGAAGCGCACCAAGAAUCGUCUAAGAGGCUUUUAGAUACCUUCACUCCAUCGUUCCAAUGUAAUAUGUCAGGUCUGAGAAAGGACAACCAGAGUGCCUGGAUGCCUUGUUUUGGUUUCGUUGUUUG